UCAUGUUUGGGAUUCAGGAGAAUAUUCCGCGCGGGGGGACGACCAUGAAGGAGGAGCCGCUGGGCAGCGGCAUGAACCCGGUGCGCUCGUGGAUGCAUACGGCGGGGGUGGUGGACGCCAACACGGCCGCCCAGAGCGGCGUGGGGCUGGCGCGGGCGCACUUCGAGAAGCAGCCUCCUUCCAACCUCCGGAAGUCCAAUUUCUUCCACUUCGUGCUGGCGCUCUACGACAGGCAGGGGCAGCCGGUGGAGAUUGAAAGGACCGCUUUUGUGGACUUUGUGGAGAAAGAGAAAGAGCCCAACAACGAGAAAACCAACAACGGCAUCCACUAUAAACUCCAGCUGCUCUACAGCAACGGAGUCAGAACGGAGCAGGAUCUGUAUGUUCGCCUCAUAGAUUCAAUGACCAAACAGGCCAUCGUCUACGAGGGCCAGGACAAGAACCCGGAGAUGUGCCGCGUGCUGCUGACCCACGAGAUCAUGUGCAGCCGGUGCUGCGACAAGAAGAGUUGUGGCAAUAGAAAUGAGACACCCUCAGACCCUGUGAUCAUUGACAGAUUCUUUCUAAAGUUUUUCCUCAAGUGCAAUCAGAACUGUUUGAAGAAUGCAGGCAACCCCCGGGACAUGCGAAGAUUCCAGGUCGUCGUGUCCACCACGGUCAAUGUGGACGGCCACGUGCUGGCCGUGUCCGACAACAUGUUUGUGCACAACAACUCGAAGCACGGGCGGCGGGCGCGCCGCCUGGACCCGUCAGAAGCCACUCCGUGCAUCAAGGCCAUCAGUCCCAGCGAAGGCUGGACCACGGGGGGCGCAACCGUGAUCAUCAUCGGAGACAACUUCUUUGACGGGCUCCAAGUCGUAUUCGGGACAAUGUUGGUGUGGAGCGAGCUGAUCACGCCCCACGCCAUCCGCGUCCAGACCCCGCCGAGGCACAUUCCCGGAGUCGUCGAGGUCACCUUGUCCUACAAGUCCAAGCAGUUCUGUAAAGGUGCUCCGGGGCGGUUUGUCUACACCGCCCUUAAUGAACCAACCAUAGAUUACGGCUUUCAGAGGUUGCAGAAAGUGAUCCCGAGACAUCCGGGUGAUCCUGAAAGGUUACCCAAGGAAGUGUUGCUCAAGAGGGCGGCCGACCUCGUGGAAGCCUUAUACGGGAUGCCCCACAACAACCAGGAGAUCAUCCUGAAGCGGGCGGCUGACAUCGCCGAGGCGUUGUACAGCGUCCCUCGCAACCACAACCAGAUCCCUACCCUGGGCAACACCCCCGCACACACGGGCAUGAUGGGCGUGAACUCAUUCAGCAGCCAGCUAGCGGUCAACGUCUCAGAGACGUCACAAGCCAACGACCAAGUCGGCUACAGUCGCAACACGAGCAGCGUGUCCCCGCGAGGAUACGCGCCGAGCAGUACUCCCCAGCAGUCCAAUUACAGCACAGUCAGCACUAGCAUGAACGGCUACGGAAGUGGCGCCAUGGCCAAUCUAGGGGUCCCGGGCUCGCCUGGAUUUCUUAAUGGCUCCUCCGCUAACUCGCCCUACGGCAUAGUGCCGUCCAGCCCCACCAUGGCAGCCUCUUCGGUCGCCCUCCCUUCAAACUGUAGCAGUACACACGGCAUUUUCUCAUUCUCACCUGCCAAUGUCAUCUCUGCAGUGAAACAAAAGAGCGCCUUCGCGCCCGUGGUCCGGCCCCAAGCCUCCCCUCCUCCUUCCUGCACCAGCGCCAAUGGGAACGGACUGCAAGGCUCUCUGCUGGGUGCUGAGGACGCUACCGUGGAGAAGACAAACUGGCCCUUUUGUGAAGUCGGUGGCAUAUUUCACUUUGAUGAACUAAUGCUCAAAAAAGGAACUGGAAAGCUAUGUCUGGGCUGGUAGUCCCGCCCAUGUGAGGGGCGCUGUGACCUGCCGCCACGCAGCAUCCAAGGACGGACUUCAGGGGACACGUCAGGACACGCGAGGUGCUGGCGGGACGGGGUCUUCAGUAUGUCAGCAGCGGCCGAGAGGCUACGAGAGACUUUGUUUAAAGAUUUUAUUUAAACUAUUAAGAAUCAACAUGCAAACAACCUACUCCUUCAUGAACAAUUCCAUUUUAUUGACUGAACUUUUCUCAUAUUUUCACAUUUCUCAGUCCUGAAGAAUAAGGAAAACAAAGCGACGCCUAUUUUGUAUAAAGUUUCUGACUCCGUCUUGGCUAUGUCUAGUACUUGCUAUGUGUUGGGAGAAACUUUGUGAAUGCACCAUUUUGAUGAUCAUAAAACACUGAUGAAAAAAACGCCUCCAGACAUUUUUCUGUAUUCAUACUUAGAUUCACAAUGGUUGUGUAUCUCUAUAAUGUGAAAUAUUUUUUUGUGGUGACAAAAGGGGGCCAAGGAGGUCUGAGCCAUCAAACUGGAAGAAAGGAAGACUAUAUGGUUAGGAGAACUGGG